AUGCUCCGUUUUCUCGUCCUCGCCUUAUUCCCCCAUUUCGCGCUCCCGACCGCGUCUUCCAGCGAUGUACGCGCAACUGGGGGAGAUAUGAAUGCGUGCAACAACCAGCGCAGUCUGUUCUCCAUCGUAUGGGGCUGCUUCACAACAAUUUUCGCCUGCAUCUGGGUUUCCGCGCAUCCCAAUGUCCCGCCCCCCGUCCCGCGACCGCCCAAAAAAGACGCAACAGUUAUUGCGCACCUAAAAUGGUAUUUAAUCGACAGCACAAUCGGAGUCCGGCGCCGUCUCAAACUCGUGCUGGUCGCCUUCAUCGCGCCUGAGCUGAUUGUCGGAUUUGCGGGGAGGCAGCUUGAGACGGCGUGGUAUUUCUCGCGAGAGUUCAACCUUUCCUUGACCCACGGCUUCUUCAUUUCCAUGGGCGGCUUUGUCGACUCUGAAAAACACCCCAUCGUCGACACCAUACAAGUAAUGCGGCAUCUGUACCACAUUCGUCAAGUGUCCGAGCAAGACAUCUUCAAUCGCAGCCAGGGCGAUGCCUUCUCAAAAGGCAUAGCACUGCUGCAAGCCCUCUGGUUCGUCCUGCAAGGUCUCGCCCGCCUCCAGCAACAUCUCACACUGACCGAGCUCGAGGUGGCCACCCUGGGCUUCGCAGCCGUGAACGCGUUUGGCUGGCUUCUCUGGUGGAAAAAACCGCUGGAUGUCCGGGCGCCAAUCGUCCUGCCACCGCUUGAAGAGGACGUCGGAAUCUACGCCGGUGACCCGGGCCGGGGCCGGGAACCGGAGCGGUCCGACACGGGCGAGAAACGUCCCCUCCGCGAGCGCUUCUCGGCGCUGUUCGGGGUCUCAGACGUGCGCAGGGACUACCACCAUGCCGAGGCAGUGCCCACCUUCCAUUUCGCAACGGGCUCGGACGACCACGAGCGGUACACCCCCAGCAUCUCGCUGCUGGUCGCCCUGAUAUUCAGCGCUGUCCACUGUGCAGCCUGGCGCACGCAUUUCCUAUCCGCCGCGGAGAUGUGGCUGUGGCGAGCGGCAUCGCUCGUCCUGGGCAUCGCUCCAGCUGUGGCAUUGUCGGUGCACCAGUGUGCAACGGUUAACCCCGACUCAGAUCGGCUAGGAGUUCUUCUAGUCAUCCGGCUAUACAUCAUCGGCGCACUGCUUUAUGUCCCGGCGCGUAUUAUCCUGGUUAUCCUACCAUUAAUGGCCUUGCGGGACGUCCCCGGAACAGCGUAUCUGGAGGUAAAUUGGAAUAGGUAUUUGCCACAUGUUUAG